AUGGAAAACCCAACGGCCGAAAUCCAUGGCAUUGUCCAAGCGCUCUGCACCGAGAGUUUGGCUGACCAGCAGAAUGCCCUCGACCAGUACUUCACUCCAGACGCCUUCUUCAUCCACCCGCUAUGCCGAGUGCCCUCAUUCUCCACUAGAGCUUUUGGCCAUGAACUCAACUCGCGCUCUCUCCUCAGAUACAUCUUUCUGUGGUACCGUUUUCUCAGCCCCCACAUUGAUUUGACUGUCGAUUCGGCCGUCAUGGAUACCAAGAAUAGCCUGCUCUACCUCACCAUUCGCCAGACCUUUACCUUGUGGUUCGUGCCUUUUAAGCUCUGGCAAGCUCACGUGAAGCUGGUCACGGUUCUGGCUCUCGUCAGACGCCCGGUCGACUCAAAAGGGUUUCCAUCGACAGAUGCGAAUGGCGCUUUAGUGAACUCUGGCGGCCCGAGUGACAAGCAGCUCUGGUUCAUCAAGGGUCAAGAAGACCACUACCAGAUGGAGGAAUGGCUGAAAUUCAUUGCGCCCUUUGGAGCCAGUCUGCUCUGGCAAGCCUGGCAGCUCUUUGCCACCUAUCUGUGCUGGCUGGGUGUGGUCUGCUUGUGGCCAUUUGCUGCUGCAGUCGGCCAUCUUAAUCGUGAGGGACUCGGACCGGGCAGCAAGAAGACGACCAAGAAGCAAUAG